CACGUGAAGGUCGGUGGGUUGUUGCGGCUUGCGGUCUCGGGCUUUUCGCGGGGCCAGGUCGGCAUGGAUUCCUCAUCGUCCAUGACGGGGCUGGGCUCCGUGGACCCGCAGCUGCAGCAUUUCAUCGAGGUGGAAACUCAGAAGCAGCGAUUUCAGCAUUUGGUGCACCAAAUGACUGAGCUGUGCUGGGAAAAGUGCAUGGACAAACCUGGGCCCAAGUUGGACAGUCGAGCUGAAACCUGCUUUGUGAACUGCGUGGAGCGGUUUAUUGACACAAGCCAGUUCAUCCUGAACCGAUUGGAGCAGACACAGAAGUCCAGGCCAGCCUUCUCAGAGAGUUUGUCUGACUAAUCUCAGCACAACUAUCUCUGUUCCAUUGACAAAGGAACUCUAUAGUUCUAAGAAGAACUGUGAUGGGAUGAUUGUAAAAGGCAAGGCUGUGAAGAGAUUGACUCCCAGCUUUAUCCCAGCCUAGGGAGUGUUCUGUCACCUGAAUGAGCAGAGAACAGUUUUGUGAGUUUGGGGUUGUGUUUUGUUUUGUUUCAAAAUGCCAGUUUUGUGAAAAAUAUAGACAGUUGAAUGGAAGACUACUAGAUACACUUAAACUGUACCCAGGGUUAUGUUCUUAACGUUCCAUUGGCUUCUUUGUAGGUAUUCAAACUGGGACCACAUGGGUAGACUCCCUCCUCUGUACCUGUGUUCAUUUCAAACCUGUGGGAGGGUGGGGUUGAGAGAACAUUCUUUGUAUCUGGCAACAAGAGGGGAGAAACUAUUUGGUACUGCCUUUUCACGCCUCCUUAUCUGUUUUAUGACUAUCAGGGCUGGACAGAGCUGUAAUACAGUAC